AUGACUUGCCGUUUAUGUUUAAUCGAAAUAGCUAACGGCAUAACUAUUUCCUCGGAUAAUGGCAAGAGUGAAAUCGCUAAAAUAAUUUUUAAAUAUUUUCAAGUUGAGGUUCAGCCUGACGAUGCUAUUUCUAAUGAAAUUUGUUGUGAGUGCUUCAAACAUAUAGACGAUUUUCACAGAUUUUGGCUAGAUAUAGACGAUAAACAAAGAAAUCUACAAAAACAUUUAGAAAAUGCAGAAACGAAGCAUCAGAUAGUAGAUAUUAAGACAGAAGACUUCCCCAUAGCACCAUUCGAUUCAUACGUUUACGACGGGAAUAUUGGUUUACACGAACCACAAAUUGAUUUGGUCUUGGCACAAACAGAACUUACCGAAGAUGAGGUUGAAUUCGAUGCAGCUGAAAUGGGUAACGAAGCAUCUACAGACGAGGAUUCACUGCCCUCUACUGCUGAAAAGUCAAAUGGGAAAG